AUAUCUUGAGAGGUUCGUUCCCAGUGAUUUGUACAAACAAUCCCUUGGCAAUACUGUAACGAUGCUAUUAUUCACAAAGUGAACACGUGCACACACACAAACUUUAUUCAUGAUAUAAGGGAGGUAACUUUCAUGUCCUUCCAGCCGUUUCCAACAGAAAAGAGUUUCUUUUCCAAGGGACGUAAUUAACACAACUCAAUAAUUUGGAGAAGACAUUUCAGACGUGUUGGCAGAUAAAAUUAUAUUUCACUGUGUACCAUAGAAUAUAUAUAUAUGCAUAUAUCUGUAUCUAAAUAACUGGAUAUUUACGAGUAUAUACAUUUAUAUAUGCAUAUUUAAAGUAAAUUUAUUAAUAUCUAUAUAUAUAUUUCUGUAUUUCCUCAUCUGUGGAUUAUUAAACAACUGCGAAGGCCAUGUCUGGGAGUUAUUACUUCGCUAUCGUGGGGCACCACGACAAUCCAAUAUUCGAAAUGGAAACCUGCCCGCCCAAUCACAAGAACCACGACCUGAAGAAGGACGACCACCGACACUUGAACCAGUUCAUAGCUCACGCCGCUUUGGACCUGGUCGACGAACAGAUGUGGACGACGAAUAACAUGUAUCUGAAAAUUGGAGAUAAAUUUAACGAAUGGUUCGUCUCGUCUUUCGUGACAGCCAGUCGCAUCCGAUUCAUUAUGUUACACGACGUAAAACACGAGGACGGCAUCAAGAAUUUCUUUACGGACGUCUACGAGAUUUACAUCAAACACACAUUGAAUCCUUUCUAUGAGAUCAAUACACCCAUCAAGUCGCCUGUCUUCGAAAGGAAAUGCCAUUUCUUUGCAAGGAAAUACCUUUCCGGAUGAUGAAGCGAAUGGCUUUGUUUUCAUAAAUUUAGACUGUUGUUUGUUAUGUAUGGAUGUAUGUGUAUCGAGUUAUGUUUGUGUGAUGCGAUGAAUAUGUUUAUAUAUUCCUGCCCUAACUCUUCGAAACACCAGUGUUAGAAUGGGGGCAGCUGAUGAAGGAAAUGUUUUCUAUGUAGCCUGUGUGUUUUCUGUACUCUGUUUAUCAUUUUGUCCACGUUUUGUUUGCAACGUCCUGUACCCAGAUAUGCAUCUAUAUAUACAAGUAGAUGUAGGUAUGUACAUACAUGUAUGUAUAUAUGCAUAUACUCAUUUAUUAUUUGUAAUGUAUGUAUUAUCUGGGUGUGUUUGUGUGUUGCGAUGAGUGACGGACGAUUGUGCUUAUAUGUAUCUGAUAAUAAUAUUUGUUAAUUGUAUAAACUAGUCACUGUUAUAUAUGGAUUAUACGUUCGAAGCUGAUGGUUCAUUCCAUUGGUACUCCAAGUUUGUGGUAAAGAAAUUUCGAGCGAAUAAAUAAACUCUACUAAUCUUUCACCCAUUGAUACAUUCAAAUAUA